CAUCGCCGAUACAACCAUGACGAUACUCCGAUCUCGUGAAAUACCAUCGAUCUCAGGCAAGCCAUUCCCUAAACGACGGUCCGACAUCAGCCAGCCGUCCACUCCCGCUCGGACACAAGAGCCCAAUGUUCACCGCUCGCCAGUUGAGCCCGAACACGAAGGAUCGGAUCCUGUUGAUGGACCCACGAACACUUCCCGGAGGCGAAGUCCUCUUCUUGCUUAUAAAUGCGGCGACGACGGCGAUGAAUCUCUGAAUGGAUUUUCUGAGAAAGAGGUUAGUGUUGAUGAGAGGUUUUUGAGUUUGCGGUCAGGGAAGAGAGUUGCUAAGAGGUGUGUAGACAAUGGUCUUUAUGAAGUUGAAAUCAGUGGAGAUAAGGUUUUGCAAGAGGGAAAAUCAGGAAGUGAGAGUAAACGCAAGAGGGUUUGUGUGGAUUUGGUUGAAGAAGACGAUAUUAUGAGCAAUAAAUCAGACAACAAUGAAGCUUAUGCAGUGGCUAAUGGAGAUAUUAUGGGUGAUACUGUCAGAAGAAUGAUCAUUGAGGAGGAGGGAAAGACUGUGAUUGAAGAUAGGAGUGACAAUGAGAAUCAUGCUCAAGUUUUGCUAGUAGAGAGUCAGAACAAAGGAAAGGGGAUAAUGGAAGAUUCUUACAUAGGCAGUGAUGUGCAGGUGAAUUGUGUUGAGAUGCCAAGUAGCUCAAUGGGUAGAAGAAAAUAUACUAUGGAGGAAAAGGGUAAGGGUAUUCAGUUGGAGAGUGUCUCUCCUCCUCGGAUCACGAAUGAAGUUACCGGAGUUGGUGUAGAAGAAAAAAUGGAACUUGAGAACUCAGUUAGCAAUCAGAAACCCCCUGAAGCCUCUGAAACCGAAUUGCCUGCGCCGGUUAAUGCAGCACAAACACAGAUUCAUCAUAAUGGUGGUGAAAUUGGAAACGCUUCAAGGUUUCGAAACUUUGCAGAGAAACAUGCUUCCAGAUUUGCUCGUUUUGAUGCUGGAAUGGAGGAAGAUGAGGAAUUGUCAGAUGAAGAGGUUGAACAACAAGUCGAAGAUUGGCCUGGCCCCUUCUCUACUGCCAUGAAAAUAAUGAAGGACCGAGAAGAGAACACGAUUCUUUAUAAUGAAGCUCGUAUCUCCAGAGAAAGAUCUUCGUCAGUUAUUUGGGCUCCCAGAAAAAACCACAGUGUCGUCCCUCCGACAGCUCCGUCUCUCCAAGAACUAUCCUUGCGAAUUCUUGUCAAGAAUGCUGAUGCCAUCACCUCGCUUGACUAUGUUCCAGACGCCCUGAGGGUUAAGCUUUGUCAAUUGCUUUGUGAUUCUAGGAGAAUGGACGUGCACUUUCUCAAUCUUCUCGUCCGUGGAACUCCAACAGAGAUUUCUGUUCCCGAUUGCUCAUGGCUGACCGAGGAAGAGUUCACCGAAUGUUUUAAGAACUGUGACACCAGUAACUUGAUGGUUCUUCAACUGGACAUGUGUGGGCGUUGUAUGCCAGAUUAUGUAUUACCUUCCACAUUAGCAAGGUCACCAGAAAACUUGCCGAUGCUGUCUUCUCUAUCUUUAAUUGGUGCAUGCCGGCUUUCCGAUGUGGGGCUACGGACACUUGUUUCCGCUGCUCCUGCUAUUAAAUCUAUUAAUCUCAGUCAAUGCUCUCUUCUAACAUCAUCUAGCAUUGACAUUUUAUCUGAUUCAUUGGGGUCAGUUUUAAGGGAACUGUAUAUCAACGAGUGCCAGAACAUUGACCUGAAGCUUGCUUUGUCGGCAUUAAAAAAGUUUGAGAAGCUGGAAGUAUUGUCUUUUGUGGAUCUUCCUUCAGUCAGGGGUCGGUUCUUGAGGGAGUUUGUUUCUGCUAGAGGACAAGCCCUAAAGCAACUUAUUUUGACCAACUCUGUGAAAUUAACUGACUCUUGUGUUAAAGACAUAUCUGAAAACUGUCCUAAUUUAAGCGUACUUGACCUGGCUAACGCACGCAAGCUGACUGAUUCUGCUCUGGGUCACCUUGCAAAUGGCUGUCAAGCUCUGGAGAAAUUGAUUUUUUGUCGGAACUCUUUCAGUGAUGAAGGUGUAGCUGCAUUUGUAGAAACCGCAGGCGGUUCAUUAAAGGAGCUAUCACUAAACAACUGUAAGAAGGUUGGCCAUAACACGGCCGCAGCACUUGCUAAACAUUCCGGAAAGCUGCAAAUUUUGGAUGUAUCCUGGUGCCGAGAUAUCUCAGACGAUUCAUUUGGCUACAUUGUCGAUAACUGUUUAUCCUUGAAAGUGUUGAAAGUCUUUGGAUGCACUCAGAUUACGGAUGUAUUCGUUCGAGGUCACUCGAACCCUAAUGUGAAGAUCAUAGGUUUGAAGAUGGAUCCCUUCUUGGACCAUCUGACCAAAAAAACUUGCUGAUUGGUGAAAGAUACUCUGACCCUUGUCUCUAUCUCUGCUCUGUUUGUUUUUGGAGAAGAAGAGCAGAUAUGUUUUUAUUAUUGUCCCAACAUCGUUUGGUCUUUAAUCUAAUAUCAAUUUAAUUAAUAUCAAACCGAUCAUGUAAGGGUGCA